AAAUGAUACCGAAGUCGUAAUUCUUUUUAUUCCAAAUUUAAUUCAGAAGGGAAAACCGUUCAAAAGCUCGACAAAAAUGCUUGUCGACGUACUCACUACCCUACGGUGCGCCAGUCUGCUGCGCAAAACAGAUAUACUCUGCACACUGUUUUCUUAUUUUAGAAAUUUGCUUGUCUCUAUUGAAGUAGAUUAAAAAUUGUUCAUUCUUUGCCGGUAGUGAGACCAAAAAGUAAAUCUUUGGAGUGGUAUCCAUGGCCGCUUAUUGCGCUGAUCAAUCAUGAAGUUGAAUUAUUAAGCUUUAAAAUUGGCCGAUAUCGUCGCCACUUGCACGUGGAGGGUUGAUUUUCGCAACAGCAACCCCGCGCCUCUCGACGCCAAACAGCACGAAACGAUGGCACCGUCCCUCGAGGAACGCGAUAAUUACAGAGAGGUCAUUGCCAAUCCGAUCAAACAAAAGCCAGACCUUGUAGCUCCCGAACCAGAACACUGUCCCGGGCCCGAGUCCGAGCAGGCGGGUUCCGCUGACCAAUGCAAAGGCUGUCCAAACCAGGCGAUUUGCGCGUCGGCGCCAAAAGGCCCGGACCCUGACAUACAUGUCAUCUCAUCGCGGCUUGAAAAUGUCAAACAUAAAAUACUCGUCCUCAGUGGUAAAGGCGGCGUCGGAAAAAGCACAUUCACGUCGUUGAUAGCACACGCGUUGGCCACCAACCCGGACAGCAACGUCGGCAUAAUGGAUACGGACAUUUGUGGGCCGAGUAUUCCCAAGAUGAUGGGCGUUGAAAACGAAACGAUUCACGUCAGCGGAUCGGGAUGGUCGCCGGUCUGGGUUAUGGAGAAUCUCGCCGUCAUGAGUAUUCAGUUCAUGUUGCCAAGCAAAGACGAAGCCGUUAUUUGGCGCGGCCCCAAGAAGAACGGACUCAUCAAGCAGUUCCUUAAGGAUGUGGAAUGGGGUGACUUGGAUUUUCUACUCGUUGACACACCACCUGGCACGAGUGACGAGCAUCUUAGCGUCAACUCGUUCCUCAAAGAAAGCGGCAUCGAUGGUGCUGUUGUGGUAACCACACCACAGGAAGUAUCUCUGCUUGACGUGCGGAAGGAGAUCGACUUCUGUAAGAAGGCAGGAAUCAGGAUCCUCGGACUGGCGGAAAAUAUGAGCAGCUUUGUAUGCCCAAAGUGUACAGGCGAGAGUCAGAUUUUCAAAGCUAGCACUGGAGGAGGCAAGGCGUUGGCCGAGGAGAUGGGUAUACCAUUUCUAGGAUCUGUGCCCCUUGACCCAAGGAUAGGAAUGGCAUGCGACUACGGAGAGAGCUACUUUGAUUCGUUCCCGGAUAGCCCAGCAUGCAUUGCCUUCAAAGGCGUGGUGCGCGCUCUUGGGGCCCAACUGGGUCUUGAUACUGAGUCAAUUUUGCCCGAGUAGCGGGCUUGUACACUCCCAAAUACCUGUAUAUAUGAUUGAACGAAGCUAUGAAUUGAUAAAAAGAAAAAAAAUCUUUUCACAAAACUGCUCGCCUAUCGCACCCCAUUUGCCCUAAUGCGAGAAACUCAACGGUGGCCCGUGGCGUUGGAUCGGUCCCGAUCGUGCCGGAGACUUCUAAGCUUACCGCGCGGCUGAGUGGUGACGAUAGUAGACGCGUUGCUUGAUUAAGCCUAAAAAGUAGGCCAAACAGAAACAAUUAUAGUCCAGAUUUGUUGCAGUCGAAUUCUCCCGUUAAUUCUGCCGGAUAGGCCAGC